AGUAACAUCCCAGUACUGUACUGUACAGUAACCUGACACACUGCUAAAAAUGUAUAAAACAGAGUAUUUUGAUCCAUAACAUUACUGUAAAACUACAAUAUUUCAUGGCUGAGUUAUAGUAUAUGGUGCUUUUUGUUCUUGGAGACACGGUGAGCUCAGUGCUGAAAGGUUCAUGUAAAACACUCAGAGUGAGAUGGAUCACAUGCUGUAACAUGGCUGCUGUGUUCGUAUGAUUAGCCGCUCCAUAUGCUCAGGACGUUAUCUGUUCUAAUCCUAAUCAUCGUUUGACCCAGUGGGACUCUACAGACAAGCUACAGGUAGAAGUCUGAUCUCAUUAGACACAAAUCUCACCUGAGAUUUGUGCCAAAAGACAAACUUUAUAUAGACACAUUGUGUGUUUUACAUUCAGAUGCAGGCCUGUAUUUUUAUGCACUUCAUCUCUGUUGUCUGUUUCAAGAUCAAAUAACCUCUGUUUGAGAGGAGGGAGGGAGCUGAGCUCUCACUCUGUCUCUGUUUUCAGGUACCAAGAGGAAAAAAACAAGAAUUUGCUCUCAGGGGAGUGAUCAGCAUCAUCGCGUGAAAACAUUCGACCCAAAGGAAAGCAUGUGUGUCAACAGACUGGUCGUGUCUCAUGUCUCGGGUCUCGGACAAAGAGGACUCGGGAUUUCAAGACUGGUUAAGACCAAGACAAGUGCGGAGAUAUUAUUCACUAAAUAACGUGGAGUUUGUUAACUGAAAAUGUGUUUACACCAGCUGUUCUUCAGUCUGUGGUUAGAGAGCAAACACCUGCACGGCACAGAACACUGAAGAGAGUUCAGGUCGAGGUUUAACCACAAGACCAAGAACAACGAAUCAAACUCGGUAUUUUAUGAAGCGGGUUGUUAAAAAAAACUAAAUGAGUAUGAUCUGUUUCUGAAACUCUGCAUGGAGUAACUCAUCCUGCCAAAACACAAAACAUCUUUGGCAUGGAGCGCCUUCCUCAGGUUUCCCGUUGCCAUGGAGACACCAGCCUCACAAACUGACCCCAGGUUACAUAAUUUAUAAUAGGAAAAAACACACACACACUAAGAUUUGAAAUGUCUGGAUCUGAAGAGCGAGCUCUCCUGGAGCUGAACCUGCGGAGGGAGACGUGGUGUCAGGUGGAGCUGAACCCAGGCCAGUCCUGGGAGAGGACCGAGAGGAGACAUUAUGGGAGUCACCUGAGGACCGGCCCGGUGCUUCUCAGCGCUCUGACCGCCGGACAGCAGCGCAGGACUGAGGCCCGCAGAGAGCUGCAGCCCCCCGCAAAGCUUCCAGAGAGGAGGCACUUUGAAGAAAACAAUAAAUCACACCUGGUGUAGACGACUGCAGCCCGAAGCUGAUUCAGCAAAUACACACAGGACCUGAACACACUUCA